AUGCCCAAGCUUGUCUUGUUACGUCACGGUCAAUCGGAAUGGAACGCCACCAACCAAUUCACUGGUUGGGUCGACGUCUCGUUGACUGAACAAGGCCAACAGGAAGCCAAGAGAGCCGGGGAAUUGAUCAAGGAGGCCGACCUCAAGUUCGACGUCGUCCACACCUCGUUGUUGACCCGUGCCAUCCAGACCACCAACAUUGCCCUCCACGAAGCCGGCCAAUCGUGGUUGCCCGUCAAGCGCUCGUGGAGACUCAACGAACGUCACUACGGUGACUUGCAAGGUAGAGACAAGUCGCAAGCGAUGAAGGAAUACGGUCCCGAAAAGUUCCAAACCUACAGACGCUCGUUCGACGUGCCUCCUCCCCCCAUCACCCCUGACAACAAGUACUCGCAACACGGCGAAAGAAGAUACGCCCACUUGGACCCCGAGAUCAUCCCUCAAACCGAGUCGUUGAAGAUCGUCAUCGACAGAUUGUUGCCCUACUGGCAAGACGACAUUGCCGCCGACUUGUUGGCCGGCAAGACCGUGUUGAUCGGUGCCCACGGUAACUCGUUGAGAGCGUUGGUCAAGAAGUUGGACAACAUCUCCGACGCCGACAUCGCCGGGUUGAACAUCCCCACCGGUAUCCCCUUGGUGUACGAAUUGGACGACAACUUGAAGCCCACCAAGCCCGCCUACUACUUGGACCCUGAAGCCGCCGAAGCCGGGGCCAAGGCCGUUGCCGCCCAAGGCUCGAAGUAA